UGCCGGUAGUGACGCAAUGCUUCCGGCCAGCUGGCAGAGCGGCGUCAUUAACGUUAGCGUUAGCAUCGAGCACUGACGUCAACGGCGUUGCCUGUUCGGCUUUAAACGUCCGAACCGAUACCGGCAAGGAACCGUCCGCCAUCUGGGAUCAGAACCAGGUGUGAUGCAGCAGACAUGUCCCUGCAGGCCACGCUGCGGGAGAGGAUCGGCUCCGCCCAGACGCUCCUGCAGCGGGCGGAGCAGCUCUGUCCGGGGGUCGAAGGUCACCAGAAGCUCUGCAGCAAACUGCGAGCCGAGUUGCGAUUUCUGCGGCGGGUGGAGGCCGGAGAGCUGCAGGUGAAGGAGUCUCACCUGCACAGCACCAACCUGACGCACCUGACCGCCAUCGUGGACUCCGCUCAGGACCUGGAGAACGUGGUGGCGCUGCUCCACUGCUUCAAGUACCAGGACGCCGCGGGCCGGCACCGCACCCUGGUGGUGGACGUGGUGGCCAACGAGGGCCUCACCUGGGUGAAGGCGGUGGGCAGGAAGGCGGAGGCGCUGCACAACAUCUGGCAGGGGCGGGGCCAGUACGGAGACAAGAGCAUCGUCCGGCAGGCCGAGGAGUUCCUGCAGGCCAGCCGGCAGCAGCCCGUCAACUACCGGCACCCCCACGUCGUCUUCGCCUUCUACAACGGCGUGUCCUGCCCCGUGGCCGACCGCCUGCGGGACAUGGGCGUGGCCGUCCGCGGGGACAUCGUGGCGGUCAGCAGCGUCGAGCCGGAGGAAGAGGAGGACGAGGAGGAAGAGCCCGAAGAAGGAGAGGAGGACGAGGACGGGCCGACGGGUGUGACGCAGGUGGACCGCGGCACGGUGGUGGCCCACCUGGCGUUCCCGGCGCAGCUGCAGGUGGAGGAGUCCCAGCGAGUGAACCUGGACAUCACCACACUCAUCACCUACGUGUCGUCGCUGAGUCACGGCCGCUGCCGCCUCAGCUUCCGGGAGCCCGUCCUGACGGAGCAGGCCGCCCAGGAGCGCCGGCAGCCGGUGCUGCCCCAGCUGGACGCCUUCAUGGCGGGCAAGCAGCUGUUCGCCUGCCGCGCCGCCGUGCGCGACUUCCAGGUGAUCCUGGACACGCUGGGCGGGCCCGGAGAGAAGGAGCGCGCCCAGAAGCUGCUGGCCCGCCUCCGCCUGGUGGACGACCAGCCGUCGGAGCGCACGCAGCGCCUCACGGCGAGCGCCAAGAUCAACCGCCGCUCGCUCAUGAUCUUCGGCACCGGAGACUUCCUGAGAGCCGUCACCAUGACGGCCAACAGCCGCUUCGUCAGAGCGGCGGCCAAUCAGGGAGUCCGUUACAGCGUGUUCAUCCACCAGCCGAGAGCUCUGACCGAGGGCAAAGAGUGGAGGGCCACGCCCGUCUGAGCAGGCCACGCCCACACAGAGGCCUCGCCGCGCCGGGGCUGCUGGGAGUUUGAGUUUCUGCACUGUUGUGAUCAGCCAGCUGAGAGCUGCUUGUUUUUGUUCAAUAAAAGACUAAAAAAGAAUCUCAGCCGCCUUCUGGUAACCUUCAUAUGUCACAGGAAGUCUCGGCAACCUUUCACAAUAAAGUUCUUUCUAGACUGCA